AUGUUCGCGCAACAAUCGGCUUCCGGCACCGUUGUGCCAUGUGUGAUUGACGGAGAAGCAGUCUCCCUGGCUGAGUCGCAGAACUUCGCCGUCGUUCAGGGAAAGACCGGUGACGUGGUCCACUAUGCUCAAAGUGCUACGGUUGAAGUUGGUGUCAAAGCGGUGGAAGCGGCAGGAAAGGCGUUCAAGUCGUGGAAGAGAGUUCCGGUGAUAAAGCGCCGGGAUAUUCUCCUUCGCGCCGCAGACAUCCUCGAAAAGAGAACAACGGAGGCCACGAAACGAUGUACCACAGAGACGAGCUGUGAUGACCACUGGCCGAGCUUCGACUGUUCGUUGGCGGCGACCAUGAUCCGACAGAAUGUCGCCACUGCAAUGACCGUCGCUGGGCGAAUCCCUCCGGCAGAUGACCCUCUCAAUACGUCGUUGGUGUUCAAGGAGCCGGUGGGCGUGGUGCUGAUCAUCCCGCCAUGGAAUGCCGUCAUGAUCAUGGCGUGUCGAGGAAUCAGUGCCGCCCUUGCUGCUGGCUGUACGGUUGUUCUGAAAGCAUCAGAAUUGUCGCCAUGGUCCCAUCAGCUCAUCCUCGAGGUGUUCAAGGAGGCGGGGCUGCCCGAUGGCGUGCUCAACCAGAUCCAGUGCUCGCGUACUGACGCCCCGGCCGUCACCGAGGCGAUCAUCGGCCAUCCGUUAUUGCGUAAGAUCGAGUUCGUGGGAAGCCCCCACGUCGGCAGGAUCAUCGGCAGUGUCGCAGCCAAACACCUGAAGCCUGUUUUGAUGGAACUGGGCGACCAAAGUCCCGCCAUCAUCCUGGAGGACGCCGACCUGAAAGCGGCGGCGGAGAAGUGUGUUUUCGGAGUUAUCGCACACCACGGUCAGGUCUGCUUUGGUACUGAAAGGCUCUUAGUGCAGGAGAAGGUCAAGGAUGCCUUUGUCGAGGAACUCAUCGAAGCCAUGCGGGCGACGCCGUCCGGGGGAUCCGCUGUGACGGCCGAGGGUGCCCGUCGUGUGCAUGACCUGAUUGCCGAGACGGUGUCUGACGGGGCCGAGUUGCUCAUUGGGAAGAACCAGAUGACCGGUCGUUCUUCUCUCGAGCCGACGAUCGUCACACAGAUCAAAGCCAACUCGCGGUUCAACAGAGAAGAGACUUGGGGUCCUGCCGCCUCGCUUUCCGUCUUCACCACCGACGACGAGGCUAUAGAGGUGGCCAACAGCACGGACUUUGGACUGUCGGCCUCGAUCUUCACCAAGGACUACGCGCGUGCGCUGCGGAUGGCGCGCGAUCUGGACUUUGGACAGGUCCAGGUCAACACGCACACUCUCCACGUCAACUCGACGUCACCAGUCACCGGGUGCAAGGCGUCGGGAUGGGGGAGUAAUGGAGGAGGGUACGGGGUGGAGGAGUUCAUGUUCAACAAGCACGUCUGUCUGUGCCCCUAA